CCUCCAUGUGAGGCACACAACAAUUAAGACUAUGACUGAACUGUUGUGUGCUACUGUGUUUACUUCCGGAAAAUUAGCAAAAAACUUAUUUGCAAUUAAUGAUUAACUUUACGCUUUCUGCAUUUUUGACUUACUUCCAUCUUCCUUGGGCCAGAAGAUGUACCAGUUAUAACCAGAAUAUACACAGAGGCAUCCAUCAGUCUGUGAAGAUGAAUUUACACAGAUUUGAUUUGAAAAGUUUUACAGGAUUAAGUGAUAAUUAAUUUAUUUUUAUAUGCAUGUAGUUUAGGAAAGUUUUUAUAUUUUGAAAUUUAAAACCAUCAGAAUUAUAACAAGAAAUUAUUGACAAGUUAUGGAAAAUGGAACUUCUACAAAAAUGAAUGGUAUUGAGGCAGGUUCUAAGGAUGGGAGGAGUGAGUCUGGUGCCAGUAUAGAGGUUGUUCUGUCAGGGUUGAGAUCAGCUUGGAAACAGUUUGAUGUGUGUGGUUCCCAGCUGGUGUCUGGCCUGUGUGGGCGACUUGCAGGGUGCCAGUACGAGGCUGUCUCCCGGGAUAUUGCGGCCAUCUUAGCCCCUGUGUUCAGUUGUGGGGAGUCAGCUCUUGUCCAGGGUCGCCUUGGUGACAUGGAAGCUGCGGCCAGAGCAAUUAUCCCAGAGAAGCAGACAACAACCUCGGUCAAGCAGGCCGUGAUUCAGUGCCUUCUAAUGUUCAUCAAACUACAAGCAGAGUAUCACCUCCUGUGUUCCAACGUUGUGUCCUCUGCCGUUGACCGGUUGACAAGUGCCUGUGAUGACCCAUCCUCUAGUGACCUCGCUGAUCAGGUGAAGUCUCUCAACCUUCAUAUGCCUUACUCUAUGACCUCAAAAGCCAAAAAGACUCCCACUGUCACUAACUCGCCGAAGAAUCAGAAACACGGUCUAAAGGCUUCCCUCUUCUCAUUCUUUGAACGGAAAAAUUCACCAGAUGAGGGAAAAAGUGCUUUUUAUGUGGAUAUUGACAAGGAAGAGGUGCAAGAGGGAGAUAAAUGCUCAGAUGGGACUCUUAGCCAAUCAGAUUCAAGCUCUAAACAUCAUGUGACUGAGGCUGGCCAAUCAGAGAUUCUGGUGGAUCUUGGGCUGGACCCAAGUUCUGCAGAGCCUGCAGAAGAUGCCCAAACUACAGAUGCAGUAUUGGAAGCAAAAGACGUGUAUGUGGCCUCGAUGUCAGGUCAGGUGGCAUCUCAAGAGGAGCUUGACAGUGUGAUCAACCUGCUGUCUGGCCUCACCCCCUCCCGCAACACCCCCUCCAACUCAACCCAGGGGACAUACAAUUCUGGCAACCAUGGAAACCUGAGGGUGCCUGGGUUUCCUCGGAGCUCAUACAGCCCAGUCCACUCUGAUAUCAGCGAGGAUCCAGGGUUGUCCUUGAGAAGCAAGGGUCAGCGAAGGUCAGAGGGCUCCAUAGAUGUGACAAGCUUCAGUGAGGGCCUUAAUGUGGGUGGUCAGAACACCUGGCCACACCAGCACAGGGCCAGUUUGCCAGUGGGUCAGGUAAUGCCCCCCCAGAUUACAUAUGACUUUGCCACACCUCCACCUGGAUAUGGGGUCGGGUACCGACCCAGCACCCUGCCACCGGGCGGGGUGGCGCACAUGCAGUCCCUUGGAGUGGGGUUCCCUGACCCCAAGCUUAACCGGACCUGGCCUGUUAACAACCUAGCUGGAUCAGGGUCAGUGAUGGACACUAUAACAGGGAGUUGGUCAGGAGGCCAGGACUCUGACGAGCUCAGUGAUGACUCCUCUACUGGGGACAUGUAUCAGGGCCUCUCACACCACACUGACAGGCAUGAGUAUUUGCCAGGAGUUGAGGCAUACCAUGGGGAGAUGAAACACCACAGCCUUGAGAACCUUCUGGAUGGUCGAUCCAAUACCUGGCCCCAGCAGCCCCAACCCUGGUCCCAGCAGGGUCAAAGUCACCUGCCCAUGGAGCUGAUUGGCCCUCCUGAUCACACCCCUAACUACCACCGGCCAAUCAGCAUGCAGAUGAGUGAUCCACUCUCAGCCAGGAAUAUCUGGCAAAACUCUGGUGACUACUCUAGCCAGACUGCCAUACCUCCGCCACGCUCACCUCUCACCUAGUUUGAACUGCAGCCUUAGUGUUCCACUGUCCGCAACUACUGAAGCUGGACAGCCAUUCCUCUGCCAUGCUCACCUCUCGCCUUGGAAAUGCAGCCUAUCUGUACAACUGUCCUCCUUAACCUGGAGUUGAAUGUCGAGUACAGUUUUAAGGAGCGGGUGGUGACCAGGUCACCUACAGUUAUCCCCAGUCUCCAGCUCAGCACAGACUAAACUAUGUUGAGGAUACAUUAGCCUUUGUAGGUAAUACAAGAGACAGCUUACAGGAUAAAAAACCUGUGUGUGGUUCAUAUCUUAUGAGCCUAUGGCCUUUUUCUAAAUCCUGUUGUGUCAAACUGCAAUUAACUGUUGUGUGGCAUAUUGAACAACAUCCUCAUUCAUGAAUAUAUUCGCCAUAUUCCUUAAUACUCACAAAUACCAUUGUAUAUUUAUUUUUUAGUGUAACAGAAACUUGUUACAAUGCAUGCAAAUCUUGCAGAAUUUAAAUAUUUUGUUUGUAAAUGAUUACCAUCUCAUUCUGAUAAUGUUUUAUCUGACAUUUUAACAGUUUUGAGAAAAGCAGUGUUUUCAUCUCUCUUGAUUAUUACACUUAUGUUUGUGUUAUCUCUCUUGAGUAUUACACUUAUGUUUGUGUAAUCUCUCUUGAGUAUUACACUUAUGUUUGUGUUAUCUCUCUUGAAUAUUACUCUUAUGUUUGUGUAAUCCCUCUUGAGUAUUACACUUAUGUUUGUGUAAUCCCUCUUGAGUAUUACACUUAUGUUUGUGUUAUCUCUCUUGAGUAUUACACUUAUGUUUGUGUUAUCUCUCUUGAGUAUUACACUUAUGUUUGUGUUAUCUCUCUUGAGUAUUACACUUAUGUUUGUGUUAUCUCUCUUGAGUAUUACACUUAUGUUUGUGUUAUCUCUCUUGAGUAUUACACUUAUGUUUGUGUAAUCUCUCUUGAGUAUUACAGUUAUGUUUGUGUAAUCUCUCUUGAAUAUUACACUUAUGUUUGUGUAUCUCUUAAAUAUUACACUUAUGUUUGUGUAAUCUCUCUUGAAUAUUACACUUAUGUUUGUGUAUCUCUUAAAUAUUACACUUUAACAUGGAAAUCAAAAGUAUUUUUGAUGCAAACUGCAAGUGGUAUUUAAGAUUUUGUUAAUGAGAUGAUGAUUAUUCAGACUGUGUUUGCAAAUGCACAUGUAUACAUUUUGUUGUUUACAUUGAUUUACACAGAAAACAUAGGUUUUAGAACACUGUAUUUACUAUUCAGUUUGUCUUUAAAAUGGUGACUGCUUCCAUUUAGAUUUGCCCUGUUAUUUUACCGUUAAUUAAAAAACGUAUUGUAUAACUCCAUUGGUGCUUAUUAUAUCCUGCAAUCAUUUUAAGGUGCUUAUAUUUUGCUAGAACUUUGUCUAAAUACUUAGUGCUUGUCACAUUAGUUUAAGGGAAUAAAAUCAUUGCUAUGACUAGUUCAUUGAAUGCUGAUGAUUAUCUGAUUGCUGUGUCAAAUAUUAUUUUAAAUAUUAUUUUGUUUCAUCUACGAUCGGGCAUAAGUGUUGGUUCAAUAUUGUUAACAAAAACAGACACAAUACAUUCAGUUAUCCUUUUCGGACCAAAAUUGUAACUAAACAUAAGUAUUUUCUCUCCCUAAAUUCGGGACGAUCUGAGCAGAGAAACUCUACAGCAUCAAAAACUAUAUAUGCAUUUUUUUUCUCUCUCAAAAAAAUGGCUGAUCUUUACAGAGUAUGUCAAAUUGUAAAACUCUAAAAUUCUCUUUUCAAAAUCUCUCUUCAAAACUAGGUACAGGUUCGGUUUAUAAAGGCUGACAAGUUCUUUUUCUUUUCUUUCAUCAAAAAAUAUUUUUUAUACAUCAAUCAUAUAAAUGCAUAGUGUGAAGAUAUGCAACCUGUGUCAAAAUAGCGUUGUAAACAUAAAAUAAAAAAUAUGCAAAAUUACCCUUGCGCAUUUUAUCAGGGGAAAAAGAUGCCUGUUUAAUUACAUUGUAAUAGUUUGCCGCUAAUAAUGACCUUUUGGGGAGGAGAGAAAAAAGCUUAUGCUUGACAAUAUUGUAAACAAUGGCUGCAAAAUGAUCCAGAGUUUGAACGGAGGAAAAAUGUAUAUGUUUUACAGAAUAUUUUAACUAGGUUUUACUGUAAAGAUUGAUGUUGUCUGUAAUUUUUUUCGAAAUAAAACAAAUUGUUUAUGUGCUACAUACUAUUCUAUAUGUAUUUGAAUGAAUGAAGUAUUUCACAAACACAGAUUUCCAAUGAUUUAAUUCCAAAUCAUGUUUAAAUUCAGAAUGAACUUGAUUCCUGAUUUGCAGUUUGCACAGGAAUUAAUUAUACCACCGCUUGAUGUUCCAAGAUAGACGAUAUAGGUGCUCUUAUGACUCAUGUUUAUAUGUAUGGUCAACUCAGUGUGCUUUAUUUAGCCAUGAAUUAUAGUGCAAUAUUUGUUGGUUUUGUAUAUUUAUAAAUUGUGUGAACAUUUGCUUCAUUGUCAAGUCUGUUAGUUGUAUAGGCUAGCAGUUAAGAAAUUUAUUUAUGUACUAGUAUACGAACAAUCCUUGACAUUAAUUCAUAUAGGAAUUAAUGAAUUAAAUUAAAAUUUUGUUUAAAAUUUUGUUUGAAACUUAAACUUUUUUUCUACUUAAAAGGUUAUACCAACACAGUAGAAAAACAAAGUUGAUUGUUAAAUUUUGUCUUAAUUUUCAAUUGCAAAAUAGCAUCAAACAAAAAUAAUUAUAGGUACAGAGGUAUUUUUUAUAUUUUAACUUAUAAAAAUUAUACAAUGUAUUAUCGUUUAAUAGUUUUAUUUCUAUAUAAAGAUAGUUUUUUAUCUAUGACUUAUAACCACAUAUAGUGAUUCAUGUUUGUUUUUGGCAAAACAUAAACAACAAAUAGUUAUAUGAAUUAUGAAAUGAUAUUGUUACAAAUUACAGUAGAAAAUAUUAAGACAUUUACUGUAUGUCUUUGACAUUCAAGAUCACUGUUGCUUGAAUUUCAUUUGAAGAGUGACCCUUCCGUUUUGUCCGUGACUUUGAUUAAACUUGUUUUUGCCUAUCAAAAUCUGUCUGAAUGUUACAACUAUCAUUUAGAAUUGUAAAGAAGUUAUUGAGAACAUAGGCACAUUCAGUUUGAUACUUGGGGGUCUUCCUUUUCUAAACAAUUAAAUAAACCAAGGGAGAUUAUCCUUCCUGAAUAAGGGCAAACUGCUCACUAAAUUCAAACAAAAGAUUUCCGAGAAGUGAGACUUGAACUAUCUGCUGUUAAAAUUGAUAUAAUUUAAUGUUUUUGAUGGCAAUGCAAUUGUGGUAUUUGUAUUAGGGAAUAUGAAUAAUGAUGGAUUUUUCUAUAGUAUUUUUUAUUUUUUAUACGCCCGAAGGGUCGUAUUAUGUUAUGGCCUCCAUCGUCUGUCCGUCUGUCCGUCCGUCCGUUAGCAAUUCCGUGUCCGGGCCUUAACUUGGUAACUAAUAAAGCGAUUUUCAAAUAACUUCAUACAAAUCAUCACUACAUUAAAAGGAUGUGUCACGCGCAAUUUCCAGGUCCAUACCUCAAAGACUAGAAUCACCAUGGGGGUGCGUUAGCAAAUCCGUGUCCGGGCCACAACUUGGUCACUAAUAAAGUCAUUUUCAAAUAACUUUAUUUAAAGCAUCAUUACAUUAAAAGGAUGUGUCGCGCGCAAUUUCCAGGUCCAUACCUCAAACACUAGAAUCACCAUGGGGGGGACGUUAGCAAUUCCAUGUCCAGGCCAUACUUGGUUACUACUAAAGCAAUUUUCAAAUAACUUUAUACAAAUCAUCUCUACAUUAAAAGGAUUUGUCAAGCAUGCUUUCCAGGUCCGUACCUCAAAGGCUAAUUUCACUGGGGGGCGUUACCAAUUCCGUUUCAAUAUUGGAAGUUUAAGCCUUUGCUGUAAACACUUCACACCUAGUAAGCAGUAUACUAGCAUAACCUAAAUGUUUAUUAAAGACCUCAAGCCGAAUCUUCUUCGGGCGUAUAAUACUCCGUUUCGCGGUGCUCUUGUUUUAAAUGUCAUGAUUGUUAAAAUGUGACCAUUUGUGUAAUUCAAUUUUUUAGUGCUUAUGUUAUAUAUUUUAAGGGCUUGUAUAACCUAUCAGAAAGUUUUUCUGUUCGUGUGACUAAAGUGUAAAACUUGAAGCUGAGUUUGCCUUAUUUGCCAUGCGUGUAUGUUCCGGAACCUAUGACCCUGAAUGUCCAUGAUGUACACGGAAAGUUGGUGCAUGGGUUUGUCCCUUGUUAAUGCAGUAUUAGUGUUUAAACUGUUUGACACAGAAUAAAUUAUAUUA